AUGAGUCGAGGAGCAGGUUACGAUCGCCACAUCACCGUCUUUUCGCCCGAGGGACGUCUCUACCAAGUCGAAUAUGCCUUCAAGGCCAUCUCAAACUCGGGAAUCACCUCCAUCGGUGUCCGCGGCAAGGACUCUUGCGUUAUCGUCACCCAGCACAAAGUCCCUGACAAAUUGUUGGACGCGUCGACGAUCAAGCACAUUUACCAAUUGACGCCCAAGAUUGGAUGUGUGAUGACAGGAUUGGUACCCGAUGCCCGAUCAGCCGUGAGCAGGGCACAGCGGGAGGCGGCCGAGUUCCGGUACAAGUUUGGAUACGAGAUCCCCCCAGAUAUGCUUGCCAAGCGCAUGGCCAACAUUAACCAGGUCUACACCCAGCACGCCGCCAUGCGCCCUCUUGGUGUUUCUAUGAUUCUGAUUGGAUUGGAUGAUGAGCGUGGACCUCAGUUGUUCAAGAUUGACCCUGCAGGAUACUUUGUUGGAUUCAAGGCCACCGCUGCCGGAGCUAAGCAGACGGAGAGCUUGAACCAUCUGGAGAAGAAGUUGAAGAAGGACAAGGAUCUGAACGAGGAGGAGGCCAUCGAGCUCGCCAUCACAACACUGUCGAUGGUGCUGUCCCUGGAUUUCAAGGCAUCCGAGAUUGAGGUCGGAGUGGUCUCGGCCAGGGACCCCAAGUUCCGUACCUUGGACGUGACCGAGAUUGAGGAUCAUUUGCAGAGAAUCGUCGAGAAGGAUUAA